AUCUAGAUCAGUUUUUAUUGUUCAGUAUAUUGUAAAUGCUGUGUGUUUCAUGACUUUGUUUGUUAUGCCAGUAUUUAGAUAUACCUUUGAGAUCUACGUUGUCAAGGUAACAUGGAUAUACUUUAAGAAUGCCAUGAUACUGCAAUAUUCGCCCUGAGAAAGCAUCUCGUAUAGACCAAUGACUGAAACAACCGAUGUUCAAUUUACUGACGUUCGAGUUGAAUAUUCAGAAUGGAAUCGAUUUAUGACCAAACUAUCAUCGCCAAUGUUACCAGUAUUAGAGACUGACACUGGAUUAACAAUGCCUCAGAGUAUGGCCAUAGCACGGUUUUUAGCCCGUGAAUUCGGUCUUCAUGGUCGAAAUGGCCAAGAAAUAUCCAGAGUGGAUUACAUAUGUCAGUGCUUUUAUGAUAUUCUCGACUGCUACAUGAAAAUGUAUCAUGAAAAAGACAGACAACUUCAUAAUGAAACCAGUAGAAGAUCAAGUAACAAGGAAGAUAAAUUGUCACAACUGCGUUCCAACUAUGAAACCACAUGUAACCGAAUUUUACCAUUCUUGGAGAAAACUCUGCAAGUCUACAACAAUGGAAAUCAAUAUUUCUUAGGGAAUCAGGUGUUGCUGUGUGAUGUGAUGGCUUAUGCCACUCUGGAAAAUAUUGUUGAAGAUUCGCCAUCUCUUCUGAACGGAUACCCAAAACUUCGAGCUCUCAUGAAUCGCAUUUCUGAUUACCCGAAAAUCAAUUCCUACCUCAAAGAUCGCACACCCUCAGAGUUCUGAAGAGAGAUUUACUGGUCGGUUUGUUUGUACUUUUAUUACCAUCACUCUUUUAAAAUAAAAACACAUUUUUUAUUUA